AGUGCUUCUAUCGCUUGCCGUUUCCGCAGCAGCCAUGCGUACGAUUGAGUGCGAGUUCUCCCACUUCGCGGUGCACCCCGGCCACGGCCGCCGCUACGUGCCCUUCGCGUUCCUGUCGACGAAGCCCGUGCUGACCUUCUCGCGCCCCAAGUGCUUCGCCCUGUACAUGCGCAAGAAGAACCCGCGCUUCAUCCCGUGGACGCGCACGUACCGCCGCAUCCACCGCAAGACGACGACGGACCGCGUUGCGCGCCGCCGCGCCGCCCGCGCCGUGAAGGUGCAGCGCGCCAUCGUUGGUGCGGACCUGUCGUACAUCCAGGAGGUGCGCGCCACCCGCAAGGAGGACCGCUCCGCCAAGGCGAAGGCCGUCCGCGCGGAGGUCGCGGAGCGCAAGGCCGCCAAGAAGUAA